UUAAACUUUCAGUGGAGGCGCUAUGCGUUUUUCGACAUCAAGCUCGUCAAAGACAACCUCGAGCAAGAGUUUACUUACCUUAAGGACGUGAAUGUAACAUGUGCCACCAGCGGAAGAUCUCUACUCGUUUUCGGCGAUUCGAGUGGUGUGAUUCACACCGUGACUCGAGAAUUAUCCGCGUCUUCAUUCCAAGCUUUCAAAGUAUGCGUAGAGCAUGUUCAACAAAUGCGAGAGAAUCCUAUCCUGGUGGCUGUGGGCUCCGACGAGGCUGGUAUCAACCCAGUUAUCAAGGUCUGGAAGCAGGACAAAUUGGACAUGCAAGGCGAGCCAUUCUGCGUCAAAAGCAUGCGAGCCAUCAUCGGAAACAAACCAGCAUCGGUAUCGGCCUUCCGGGUGAACGAUAGCAUGAACAUGAUGGCGGUGGGAUUCGACGAUGGUCGCUUGCUCCUCGUCAAGGGAGAUAUCUCGCGAACGACUGCAAAACAAUCCAAGCAUAUCCAUCUAACGCCUUCCGCGACGAUUUCUGCACCGAUAACAGGCAUCGAGUUCCAAGGAAGCAGUCAUAUAUUCGUGGUCACCACAGUAUCAGUGUACUCCGUGCCUCUGAACACUCGGGGUUUGGAUCCCGUCAUGCAAAAUCUGGACAAUGAGCGCGGCUGCAAACCCGGCUGCAGCGCCAUCACGGAGGCACGACGGGACUUGAAGGAGGUCCAGCUGAUCAUAGGUUGUAGAGACGCGCUGUAUUUGUAUCAGCACGACGGAAUCGGGCCUUGUUUAGCGUUCGACGCCGAGAAAGAGUUGGUCAGUUGGUUCCGCAACUAUCUGGUGUGCGUGAUUCGAGACAACGAUAAGACCAUCCUGAACAUUUACGACAUAAACAACAAAUACGUUGCGUACUCGACACCCCUUAUCGGCAUCAGUCACAUACUGCCCUCAUGGGGAGGGAGUGAGCUGGUGAUCGUUACGAAGCAAGGCAAGAUCUUUUCGCUCACUGAAAAGGCGACGGAAGACCGACUCGGAGUCCUCUUCCGGAAAAACCAGUAUGAGCUAGCCGUCAAGCUGGCCAACUCGAACAACUACGAUGGCAUCGUCGACAUUUUCCGGCAGUACGGGGACCAUCUAUACGCGAAAGGCGAGCAUGACCUCGCCGUUGCUCAAUACAUCAAGACCAUUGGAAAACUCGAAGAAUCCUAUGUGAUAAGAAAACUGCUCGACGCACAGAAAAUCAAGCAACUCACUGAUUACUUGCAAGAACUGCACAAGCAAGGCCUCGCUAAGGAAGAUCACACAACUCUACUUAUCAAUUGUUACACAAAUAUCAACAAGGUCGACACCCUGAGCAAAUUCAUCCAGAAUGUGGACCUUCAAUUCGAUGCAGAGAUUGCCAUAAAAGUUUGCCGCAGCAGCGAACUAUACCACGAAGCCUUACUACUCGCCGAGAAACACAAGAAAAACGACUACUAUCUGAAAAUCCAGAUAGAAGACAUGAAGAACUUCACUAAUGCGAUACGCUACAUCGAGAGACUGCCCUUCAAAGAGGCCGAGGAGAACCUCGAGAAGUAUGGAAAAGUUCUCAUGGACAAUAACCCGGAGCAGACCACCAACCUGCUCUGCCGGCUCUGCACGAAUUACGAGGGCCGAAAGUCGCGAGCCGAGAAGUUCAUCCACAUUUUUGUCAACAACCCGAAGCUUCUCAAAAACUUCCUCCAACAAAUUAUGUCCGAGAUCGGGGAGAAAAUCAAGCUCUCGCCAAUAAUAUACAACACCCUCCUUGAAUUGGAGUUGCAAGAGUACCGGCUAGAAAGUCAACCGUCGAAGAAAGCCUCCAAAGAAACCGAAAUCAUGUGCUUCCUCCGAGAGAAGAAAAACUGCUACGAUACUGAUCUAGCUCUUGGUUUGUGUCAAAUCAAUAAUUUCAAGCAGGGAAUCCUUCACUUGUACGAGAAAGCCGAGCUAUACCAUCAGAUCCUCUCGUUCUACACGGAAAAACAAGCCUACAACAGCAUUAUCGACGUGUGUACGCGUUUCGGAAACGAUGAUCCGUCACUCUGGCGUCACGCUCUUCUCAUCUUCGCUCAUGCAGGAGAGCACUCGAACACUAAUCAUUACUUCAUGUUGGUUUUGGAUCAUAUUGAAAAACACUCUUUGCUGCCGGCCAUAAUGGUUGUCUCGAUAGCGGCCCAGUCGAAAACCGCAACGCUCUCCCUCGUCAAGGAGUUCCUCGUGAGGCAUCUCUCUGGCGAGGGCGAGAAGAUCCGCAAUUGCGAGCAAGCGAUCAAACAAUAUAAAAAAGAAACCGAGGCCCUUCGGACACAGAUGGACGAAGUUAAGCACAAAGCGAGGGUUUUCCAGGAGAGCAAAUGUUCCGGAUGCAAAAUCGAACUCGAGCUGCCGAGCGUUCAUUUCCUCUGCGGUCACUCGUUCCACGUGAACUGUUUCGAGAAUUUCUCCGACAGCAGUGGAUGUCCGUCAUGUGCCCCCGAAAAUAACCGAGUCGCCGAGAAGCAACGUCAGAUGGAAGAAGCCAUGGAAACGCUGAACGAGGACUUUGCCAAAAUGUUUAACGAUACGGACGACGUACUCGGGACCGUCGCUGACUUUUUAUCAAGAGGAGUUUUCAAAACUGUCGACCCAUUGACUGAGGCGACCUUGAACGAGGAUAGCACCGAAUUCUCCUUAGCUCGGAUCCCGGCGGCGAAGCCGAAGAGUUUGUUUGAGAGACCCACUUUCCCGUGUCGUGUCGUUCCCGAGGAACCCGCAGCGAGAAAAUCUGUUUUUGAUAAACCCGAUCCAUUCCGCAAGCCAGUACCUAGUCAAGCCAAAGUCAGUCCCGCUCCGAAGAGGAAACCGGCUCUGGAAAGCAUCAAUCCAAAACCUCAAGAAGAAACGAAUAUUCCGUUCCGGCUCUCGGGGGAAGAGGGGUCUGAUGUGCAGUCCUUCGCCGACAACAACCCCUUCCAAGAGAGCCUUGAGACAGCGAAUAUCACACGAAGAGAAGUGAAAACUUCUCCUCCGAGGACGGCAUCUGAAAGUAAACCUGCGACAGUUCCGACCUCGUCGAAUCCUUUCGAUGGCGACGUAACGAAUCCAUUCGGUUCCGAAAGUGCCUAUUACUCCGAACAAUCCGAUAAUCCUUUCCCGACCGACGCCGCGAAGACUAGGUAA